CACACGCACACAUCCUUCCCGCCUCGAUGUCCCGCUCGGGGGUAUGCAUGUCCAUAUACAUGUAAGGAUGAUGAUGAUGAUGAUGAUGAUGAUGAUGAUAGAUGGGAGACAGACACAGGAUUUGGAAUUAAUUGUUCGCUCCUGCGGCUCGAGCGAAGUGCAUCUCCGGAAGCAUUAUUGCCCAAGGGGGUUGGUUAUUAUUGUGACAAUCGAAGCCGAAAGCGACGAUGAUCCCGCUAUGGCAUCAUCAGACAGACAGAUCCGCAAUGAUAUAAUCAACGGUCUUUGGUGGGGUAUGCUGUAUAUACGCGCCCUCCUCCUCCUCCUCAGGGUCUUCAAGAGAGCAUCUACACCCAGAUUGUUAUCGCAGUAAUAAUAAGUCUGUCCUGGAGGAGAAGGGGACGGGCCUAUAUAUCAUUACCGAAUCUUGCACCGUUGUAUUCCCAUCCACCACCACAACCAAAUCUAACCGUCUAGUGAUGCAGAUGAGACC